AUGAACGCCAAACGUAAACCCUUUACUAAACCAAAUGAACCAACAACGUCGGGCGGUCCGAAAAAGUUUCGAGGGGAGGAUGAUGAAGAAGAGUUCGAAAGCUAUUUUGAGGCAGAGCUGGCAAACUUCGACGACGAUGCAGCCGACACAGCUAGAAUUGGGCUGGGACCGGAGAGUGAGAACACCUGCGCCAAAUGGAGCCGGCCAGAUGUGGAACCGCUUGAUUCAAUCAAGGACAAACUCGUGUUUCAGCAGAUAGAUAUUGACCAUUACAUCGGCCAACCGCUGGCUGGUAUGCCCGGCGUACAAAACGGCCCCGUUCCUGUCAUGCGAAUGUUUGGCGUGACGAUGGAGGGCAACUCAGUGUGCGCUCAUGUACAUGGCUUUUUGCCGUACUUGUACUUGGCAGCGCCCCGCGGCUUUAACAAGUCUCAUUUGGCGGAGUUCCGUAAGGCACUGGAUAGAGUCGUUCUUCACGAUAUGCGAUCAAACAAAGAUAACCUGCGUGAAGCCGUUGUCGAAGUAGAGAUCGUGGAGCGACAGUCGAUCAUGGCGUACAACGGGGAGGAUCGGUUUCAAUUUAUCCGUAUCACAGUAGCGUUGCCCAAGUUACUCGCAGCAGCUAAGCGACUGCUGGAAAAGGAACAUAUAAUGGAGUCGAUGGAUUUUCAAGAUUGCCGAGUGUACGAAAGCAAUAUUGACUUCGACAUUCGCUUCAUGGUGGACACCGGCGUGGUGGGAUGCAGCUGGAUCGAGCUUCCGGCCGGCUCGUGGCACAUUCGUAAAAGAGGAAUGUCUCUGGCACCGGAAACCCGCUGCCAGAUAGAAGUGGACGUUGCAUUCAGUGCGUUCAUCGCCCACGAACCCGAGGGCGAGUGGGCUAAAGUGGCACCGUUCCGUAUCCUUAGCUUCGAUAUCGAAUGUGCCGGUAGGAAGGGCAUCUUCCCCGAAGCGCAGCACGAUCCGGUCAUCCAGAUUGCCAACAUGGUCAUCCGGCAAGGCGAACAGGAACCGUUCCUGCGCAACGUGUUUACUCUGAAAUCCUGCGGUCCAAUCGUGGGCGCACAGGUGCUGAGCUACGAGACAGAACAGGAGCUGCUGGACAAAUGGGCGUGUUUUGUGCGCGAGCUUGAUCCGGACAUUCUAACCGGGUAUAACAUUAACAACUUCGAUGUGCCUUACCUGCUAAAUCGCGCUAGCCACCUUAAGGUAAAGAAUUUCGAGUAUCUUGGCCGCGUGACCAACAUUCGCUCGAUCAUCAAGGACACCGUUAUCCAGUCGAAGCAGAUGGGACGCCGAGAGAAUAAAUUCGUCAACUUCGAGGGACGUGUUCCGUUCGAUUUGCUCUUCGUGCUGUUACGCGACUACAAAUUGCGAUCGUACACGCUUAACGCGGUCAGUUAUCACUUCCUACAGGAACAGAAGGAAGAUGUGCACCACAGUAUUAUCACAGAUUUGCAGAACGAAAGCGAUCAAACGCGUCGCCGGUUAGCGAUGUAUUGUCUGAAGGAUGCGUACCUUCCGCUUCGGCUGCUGAACAAGCUGAUGUGCAUUGUGAACUACAUGGAAAUGGCACGUGUAACGGGAGUCCCACUCGCCUGUCUGCUUACCCGUGGUCAGCAGAUUAAAGUCAUGAGCCAGCUGCUGCGCAAGUCGAAGGUGGCUGGUUACUUGAUCCCGUCCUACCAGAGCUCGGGAUCGGAUGAACAAUAUGAAGGUGCGACCGUUAUCGAACCAAAGCGUGGCUACUACGCCAAUCCCAUUUCCACGUUGGAUUUUGCCUCCCUGUACCCAAGCAUCAUGAUGGCGCACAACCUUUGCUACACCACUCUCGUGCAACCGAACAUGAAGGACAAGCUGGGGCUCAGUCCGGACCAGCUGACGCAGACUCCCGCGAACAACGUGUUCGUGAAGGCAUCGGUGCGCAAAGGCAUCCUGCCGGAAAUUCUCGAAUCUCUGCUGGCGGCUCGUAAGCGCGCCAAAGCCGACUUGAAGGUAGAAACGGACCCUUUCAAGCGGUCCGUGCUGGAUGGCCGCCAGUUGGCGCUAAAAAUAUCCGCUAACUCUGUGUACGGGUUUACCGGCGCGCAAGUGGGCAAGCUGCCGUGCUUGGAAAUCUCCGGCUCGGUAACGGCGUAUGGGCGCACGAUGAUCGAGCAGACGAAGCAGGAAGUUGAACAGCGCUACACGGUGGAGAACGGAUACGAGAACAACGCCGUCGUUAUCUAUGGUGACACGGACUCGGUGAUGGUGAACUUUGGCGUGAAAACGCUCGAACAAAGCAUGGAGCUGGGCAAGGAGGCGGCCGAGUACGUGAGCGCGAAAUUCGUUAAACCGAUCAAACUCGAGUUCGAGAAAGUGUACUAUCCGUACCUGCUGAUCAACAAGAAGCGAUACGCAGGUCUGUACUUCACACGACCAGACAAAUACGACAAGAUGGACUGCAAAGGAAUCGAAACGGUACGUCGCGACAAUUCACCACUUGUGGCAAAUUUGAUGAACAACUGCCUGCAGAAGCUACUGAUCGAGCGCAAUCCGGACGGAGCGAUCGAAUACGCGAAACAAACCAUCUCCGAUCUAUUGUGCAACAAGAUUGACAUCUCGCAGCUGGUCAUCACCAAGGAGCUGGCGAAAAGCGAUUACGCCGCGAAGCAGGCCCACGUGGAGUUGGCAAAUAAGAUGAAAAAGCGCGACCCGGGCAACGCGCCCAAGCUAGGAGAUCGUGUUCCGUACGUGCUGAUCGCUGCGGCCAAAAAAACACCCGCCUACAUGAAGGCUGAGGAUCCAAUUUACGUGCUCGAGAACUGUAUUCCUAUCGACGCCAACUAUUACCUGGAGAAUCAGCUAACCAAGCCACUCCUUCGCAUCUUCGAGCCGAUCUUGGGGGAGAAAGCUGAAUCGAUUCUACUUCGGGGAGACCACACGCGUACUCGAUCGGUCGUCACGUCGAAAGUCGGGGCCCUGGCGGCGUUCACAAAGAAACGCGACGCUUGCCUUGGUUGUAAGGCACUAUUGGCCACGGGAGAGGAAGGUCGGGCACUAUGCCAACACUGUGCACCGAGAGAGGCUACACUCUAUCAAACGGAGCUGGCGGCACAACGAACGCUGGAGGAUCGGUUUUGCCGCCUGUGGACGGAAUGCCAGCGAUGUCAGGGUUCGCUACACGAGGAAGUUAUCUGCACGAGCCGUGACUGUCCGAUCUUCUACAUGCGAACGAAGAUCAAGAUGGAGCUGGAAACGCAAGAGAAACGCGUGACACGAUUUGGAAUUCCGGAGUGGUAG